AUGCCAUGCGUGGUCCUUACCAGGCUUUUGGACUGGCGCGGGGGCGGGAGCCUCGGCAUCUUGCGCGGGGCCAGCGUUUCCGCUCUCUACAUCUGGAACACAGCUAUCGGUCAUGUGUCGGGUGGCCACAUCAAUCCAGCGGUGACGGCAGGUCUCUUCGUCUCUGGGGACAUCAGACUGCUAAAGGCGAUCUUCUACAUCGUGGUGCAGUCGCUGGGAGCCAUCGCCGGAGCUGCUUUCAUCAGGUUGGCUAUCCCUGAAAACAGAGUGGGUGGUUUCGGCUUGACCAAGCCCGGACCUGGAAUUACUGACCCUCAGGCGCUGCUGAUCGAAGCGCUGAUCACGUUCGUGCUGGUGCUGGUGGUGAUGGGCGUGUGCGACGGGCGCCGCGCCGACCUCAAGGGCUCCGCGCCGCUCGCCAUCGGGCUCAGCAUCACCGCCUGCCACGCCGCCGUCAUUCCUUUCACCGGCUCCAGCAUGAACCCCGCCCGCUCCUUCGGACCAGCUCUAGUGUUGGGAGACUGGACCUCGCAUUGGGUGUACUGGGUGGGCCCGCUGAUCGGCGGCGUGGUGGCCGGCGCGCUGUACAGGUUCAUCUUCCGCAUCGGCAAGGCCGGCGAGAGCGGCUCCUACGACUUCUAAGCAGACUCGGUGACCGCACCGACACUCGCGCCGUCUCAUUUGCCUCGCGCAUACUUUGUACAACGAGAUUUUUUUAUAUUAAAAUAUUGUGAAAGAUCGCGCCAUCGGUCUUGUUCGAUGCCAAAUAUUUUGGGUGAUGUAUUGGGAAAAUGUAAAGGAGGCUUUAUUUAUAUACAACAGAGUAUUUAUCUUUUCUUGGUCCCAAGUAUGCGUGAGUCGAAUAUCGAGCUUAUAUUCGAGGCGGGCUUGGUAUAAAUAGAACUGUGUGCUUACCUACUUUGUCAGAAACAUCAGAAACAAAAACAAUAUCUCCGAACCGAUCGACACAAUCUGAUGAACGAUAAGUGACCUGUAGCAUAAUUAAACCUAGGGUAUGUAAGUGUAAGUCUAUUUAUAUUGUGAAUAAACUAUAUCUAAGAUAAUAUUAACGCCGCGGCCGCAGUUUAACCGUUCGUCAAGCGGCGGUCGCGGUCACGUGUUGUAUACAAAAUAACAUGUCCAUACUUGAGUGCCUGUGCCUAUGUGAUUAUGUGAGGAUAAUAUUAAGUUUAUACUUUAAUCAAAUAUCUCACAUGUUAUUAAUAUAAACAUUUUAAUUAUUA